GGACUGAAGAAUGACAACAUGUUUACAAGUAGACUUCUUGCGAGUAACAUUAGUUCAAUUAUUUGAGAUCCGUCGAUUGUGAAAAGAUGUUGUCGAUUCUAACUAUACUUGUCAUUUUCAGUUUGGCUAAGGCUAUAGACGGUUGCGACGAAUAUAAUGUGGGCUUGGCUAAUACUUUAGUCAUCCCCGACAGCGCAUUUUCGGCAAGCAGUGAGUGCCCUCAGAGCGGCAACUAUCAUGGAUAUCGUGCCGCGAGAGGGCGUCUGGAUGUAAUCUAUGAGGGCCCCAACAAGAAAGGAGGAUGGAUGGCCGAUGCCAGCCAGACAUCACACUGGAUUGAUGUCGACUUACAGGCAACAGUGAACGUAGCUGGUGUGAUUACACAGGGAAGGCAGUGCGGGGAUGACUGGGUGAAAGAGUACCGAGUUGAAUACAAGAAUUCUGGGACCACUUACAUUUCUGUGACUAAUACCAUGAACCUGCCAAUGACUUUUACUGGAAACACUGACAGAAACACAAAGGUUACAAACCUCUUCCCGAAAGGCCCGGUACUCGCUCGGAACAUACGUAUUCAUCCCACAGAUUGGAACAGAAAUGCUCCUAGCCUUCGAUUCGAAGUUAUUGGCUGUCAGCAGUGAUAGCAGUUGGUGGCUAGUAAUGAAACUGGUUGUCCGGAGUAUUGCCCAGCAGAAGAGGGAAGCAUAGAAGCUGACGUGCGCGUCGUGAAUUCAUAUAUUGCUAGAUUAAUACUGUAGAUAAAUAGCCUAGAAUAAUUGAUUGAUUGAUUUAUUGAAUGAUUGGAGUAAUUGAUAUAUAUUCCAUGCUAAAUAUUUCUUCUGAAAUAUAAAAAAAGUUGUUCACGCUACAAAUUGUAAUAGAAUUUACAUCUGCCAUAAUUUGAAAACUGUACUAUCCUGCUAUAGCCUAUAUCCAUUGGUAUUAUUUUAAAGGCCUGCACAGACUUGUAUUUAUAUAUUGACUACAGACCUGUCUGGUUGAUAUAUUUCGAUUAAAAACAGUUCCAUAUUUGUAUAUUUUAAUAUGCCUUAUUUUAUAUGACCAUGACGAUUUCGAUGAUGAUGAGAAUGAUAAUAAUAAUGGCAUUUGGUAUCACA